AUGCUUGAACGUGAUAGGAAUUAUUCUGGUCCAUCCAGUAGUUCUGCAAGUAGUACACAUGGAGCGAUUGAGGACGAUUGUUUGCCAACCAGUGAACCAGGCCCAAGUGCAAUAGUGGAGCCGAAGUCGGCCAUUGACGUCGCUCUCGAGCUUAUUGCCCAGGAAGAACUCGAGGCUAUCAAUGCAGCCAGAAUUGCUGCCCUGAACAAGCCCAAACCUCGUGGUCGUCCUCCACUUUCUCGAAAAACUGCUGAAAAUACUGCCACUGUGAAUGCAAAAACGGACGCGCAGGACUUGCGGACACCUAUGAAGCCAGAAAGAAACGGAGCAAUCGCAGGUAUUCUUAUGGAAUUUUUAUGGUUACCUCUGGUUUCCGUCGAGCUGACCAAGAUGGUUCUCGAUGUCGAGGCUUCUCAUUCUUCCAUCUUACUUACAAACGGGAUCGAAAGUUUCCCAGCGACGCCGCCAAUUCCAAUUCUGAAAGAUCACCUUGAAGUUGAAGCUGCAGCUCGAGUUGAACCACAAUCCAUGGAGGUUUCUUUGUUUGGAGCUGACAAUGGCGAGCCUGAAUCGAACGAUUUUCACAAAAUGGUCUUGCUCAAUUAUGGCAGUAUAGAUGGCCGUCUAGAAGACGACGAAGAAGAAGUUGAGGAAGAGGAGGGAAACGGCAAAGAAGUACCGCUCCCGAAAGAGUCUUCACCCAAAAAGGGGUCUAGGAAGAGCGAAGAAAAAAAUUCAUCUGAUACGUCUAAUCGUUGUGAGACUGUGGCGACCACUCCUGUUCGUGGACCGUUGUCGUCUUUAGAGGGUGGUUCAUCUAGUGUUGAAGAGAAAAUUGAAAAGUCCAGUCCAAUGAGUAUGGAAACGGAGGAAGUGAAACAGCCGCCGGCUCCCUUGAAUUCCGGAAAGCGUGGCCCAUAUGAGAAGAAAGGUAGAGGAAGGCCGAGGAAAAGCCGAGAAAUCAUUUCUCCUCCCAAGACAGGGAGACCUCGUGGUCGUCCACGAAAGGAUGGAGGUCAUUCAGUGCGGAAGGUGGAACGGAAAUCUGUUGAGAGAAAACUACAUGAACGUUUGCAAAAACGACGACCGCGCCGUGCCGCUGCUAUGAUACAGGAUUUCCUUGAAUUCUACGCAAAAGUAGACCUGGCCGAUCUUGAGUUUAUCCAUGCCAGAGUUUGUUUAUUUUUCACGAUUUUCAGCUAUUUUUACCUGAAUCAGAAA